CUACACGUAUCCAACUUAAUUUUAGUAUUUAAGGAACUGCUUGUCAUAACAACAGGUUUUUAAAGAGAACUCGGACAUGAUACGCUAUCUUCAGUUUCCAACAUAUUAUGAUUAAUUUCCUGAUUCGUGUAAGAACAAAACAGACAUCAAGUGAAAAUAGUUCCCCUGAGGAAAAAGCUAGUCAACAGAAUCCUCUUAGUAGGUACAGUUGAUGCAUCACUGCACAUCCAUCUUGCAUCCGUUUGGCUAACUGCCCUACAGCUUCUCAGACUGCUGACAGUAGAGACUACUCAGCCUUGAAACUUUUUUUAUAAUUCUGUAGCAUCUAGUUCAAAUCCAUGUGAUGUUGCGGAUGUACUGUAAGCAGACUACAGAAUAGUUUUUAGUACAUGCUAGGGUAGCUACUGUGCAUUCAGUUUUAGUACAUAUUCAUUGGCAGUAUGCAUCACCCCAGCAAAUAACACUGUGUUCUCAACAAGCCCAGUCUGAACUGGACCCUGUGUUGGAUUCAUGAAUAUUAAUAGAUUAUUAAUGUGUUCACUGAAAAAUGUAGUAAAUCAGUGUGAUAUUCCUCCCAAUGGGUCAUUGCACCUAGAAUUACAGCACGUAGAAUGGGAAUUCCAACAACUAGAGUUCCCUGCACUGCAUUGAGCCGUGACUGUUCUACUCAUUGUGUUUCUGUGCUCUACAGCACUUGCUGUUUUUAGAAACCUAACUCCAAAAUGUUGCUCCAGUCAGACAUUGCCUCGGCCUCUAACAAACAGUUUCUCUGGUUGCAAAUAUUGUCUGGUAUAGCUUUGAACAAUUGAAUGGCGUUUAGUGACUGGCUAUGAUACUGUUUGUUCAACGCCAACUCUUUGAAACUAAUCCACAAACCGUAACUCCACCCGACUGCAAAAUACAGUAUAUAAUCUAAGAUGUUUUAACUGUUUUCACUAUUGUGGAUAUUCAUGGUUCUUUGUCCGUCUCUGUGUCCCAAGUUCAUAUUUGGCAGUACUAAGGAUAGAAACAGGGAGUGUUUCGGUCCAGAGACAUGUUUUCAGUCUCUUAUCUUCCACAAAUGCCUGGAGCUCUCUCCCCAUGUUUGGCAGGGCCUGGGCAGUGAAAACCUGUGUUCACCGAGUACUUUAACUCUUUGUGAAGCAUUUGGCUGAGUGGGUCUGAGGUAACCUGUAGAUGUCCGACUUACAAACAUUUAUCCUUCUCCAGGGUUUAAGCUCCCUCAUUUUGUGUUUGAAGAGGCAUUGAAGAGCUAUUGCAGUUGUGACAGUGUAUGUCCUUGAAGCUGAAGGGAGUUGGGUUUUAUCAUUUACCAUGUAUUCUUGCUCUUUAAAGGUGACUGAUGCAUAUUGGUAUUUUCAGCAUCAUACUAGAGUCAGUUGCGAAGAGCAUUUGAAAAAUAACUAUAAUAUCAGGUCAUCUAUUCUUCCUAUUCUAAAAGGGUAUUUUGAACCGCAGCCAAACCUUUCUCUCACUCACAGGGUGUUUCCGUGUGCUGAAAGGAUCUGAAAUGAACCCUUUAACCAUUCUUUUUUGCAAACCUCCCAUUAAUGUGUUUUACUUAACAGGUUCAAUGCACGCUAUAUUGGCUAAUGUCAACGCCCCUAACAUGGAAGUCAUUGUUCCCAGCCAAGUAAAUGUACAUAACAUAGAAAGUAUAUUAAACAAGUACUGAAAAUGUAUGUAUGAUGUUAUUUGACCAUCUAAAUGCCUUUAAUAUUUUUCAAAUAGUUUUUACAACUUUUGUAAUCUUAUGCAUCAGACAAUUGUUGGGUGUAAUUUAACUAACUUCCACAAGGAGGCAGCAGGUUUGGGAUAUAGCCAUUAAUAUCUAGGGGUAGUCGGAGAGAAAUAAGGACAAUAUCUUGGUUCUUGAUUUGGUUGUUUAGUGUACUAGGUAAUCAAACAUAGUCUUAAUGUGUGAAAAAGUUAUUGAUCCCAUAGUUAUUGCAAACCAAUUAAAGGGACUUUUAGUAUCAGGUUUUGAAAACCUUGGUAAACAGUCAGACCUGAUUUGUGCCAGCACUGUUCAAUAUAAAUCUGACAGAUUUUGGCCCUUGCCAUCAGAGUGAAUUUUGCAACACACAUGUUCUAAAGCCAGAUUAUGCUACGGUCAGAAAAAAUUGCAGAUUGACUCCGGAAAACCUGUUGAUGCAUAUCGGUUUGGAAAGUAUUACAAAGCCAUUUCUAAAGCUCUGUGGCUCCACCAAACAAGUCCGAGACAUAUUGUCUGAAUAAAGAAAGUUCUCCCUGUAGUGGCUGUCCAGCCAAAAUAUCUCCAAGAGCAUGGGUUAAAAAUCAUCCAAUAGGUCAUAGAGAAGGGACAACACUUGGGGAUCUGGCGGAUUAGCAAGGCAAAAUCACUGCUCACUAAGAAAGACCUGAAAACUCAUCUAGGGUUUGAUAUAAGCAACUAAAUGAUCUUCAAGAAUUAUGUAAUGUUCUAUAGAUAAAUAAGUUAAAAGUGGAACAUUUGGGGAACUUUGGUCCUGUUAUGUCUUGCAAAAACCAAGGACUGUCAUGUUAAGAAACUCAUGCCAAUGUUUAAGCGUGGUGAUGGCAUUGAUAUUUUUCUGUAUUAAGACAUGGACAACUUAAUUGAAUUGUGUUUUAAGAUAAUUCUAAAGGAGAAAGUCCGGUCAGCUGAAGUGCAGCUGGGUCAUUCACCAAGACAGAAAUGUCACUGAGUUAAAGCAGUUCUGUAUUGGAAAUGUGUGCCAAAAUUCCUUCACGGUGCCAUGAGAGACUCCUUAGUAACUACAGGGCGCACUUGGUUUCAGUCUAAAGGUGGCAUAACUGGUUUUUGGGUCUUAGGUGGCAAUAACUUUUUCACACAGGGGCAUUGGGUAUUACAUAGUUUUCUUUUUAUCUGCAAUUUUCUGUGUCAAAAAUGUUAGAAUCAGAGGAGGGGGAUCAUUUUGCAUGGCGCCGGAUGGCCCAUAUACCAGGGCUAAGUUCUGUUCUUAGGCAUGAGGUAAUGUGUGUUUGUAUGCGUCUUUCCUCCUUCCUCAAAAUCACCUCCGACCACUGUGUCACGACCAAUAAUAUAUUCAUGCAGUGUCCUACUACAGAAAGAGAAAGGCAUGUGGGCCAAUGUUCACUUCAAGCCCCCCCCUUCCCCCCUUCAUCCCUCUGUGUGUGUCACCCUCCCUCCCUCCAACAACAGUUUGGGGUUUCUCAUUUCUGAGCGUGACCCUGGUCAGCGCCUUCUCUCUCACCGGUGCCUUCCUGGUUCCCCUCAUGAAGACGCGCCACAUGCGCCGGGCCCUCGUCUACUUCAUCGCCCUUUCCAUCGGCACACUCUACUCCACCGCUGUGUUCCAGCUCCUGCCCGAGUUUGGGGUUAUGGGUUCCUGUGCGUGACGCUCAUCUCUCUGUGUUCGCUGGUGGGGGCCAGCGUGGUCCCCUUUAUGAGGAAAACGUUUUACAAGCGCCUGCUGCUCUACUUCAUAGCCCUGGCCAUAGGCACCCUCUACUCCAAUGCCCUGUUUCAGCUCAUCCCAGAGGCGUUUGGCUUUGACCCAAUGGUGGACAACUAUGUGUCCAAGUCAACAGUGGUGUUCGGAGGGUUCUACCUGUUCUUCUUCACUGAGAAGGUCCUGAAGAUGCUACUCAAGAGGAAGGACAAGGGUCAGGGACAUGGUCACAGCCACUUCCCAGCCUCGGAGCAACUGUACGCCGCAGCCAACGGAGACAUGGAGGAGGGCAUGACCGAGAAGCUGCAGCAGAACGGGGAGGCGGGGCUUAGCCUCCCCAGGGUUGAUGGAGGAGAGGGGGACCGCAUGCUCACACCCGCCCUAACCACGCCGGACUCGCAGAGCCUCGGGGGAGGGACCAGCAGAGGAGGUUGCUAUUGGCUAAAGGGUACGGCGUACUCUGAUAUCGGCACGCUGGCCUGGAUGAUCACACUGAGCGACGGCCUCCACAACUUCAUCGAUGGCCUGGCCAUUGGAGCAUCUUUCACUGCCUCAACGUUCCAAGGCAUCAGCACUUCAGUGGCCAUACUUUGUGAGGAAUUCCCACACGAGCUAGGUGACUUUGUGAUCUUGUUGAAUGCUGGGAUGAGCAUCCAGCAGGCUCUGUUCUUCAACUUCCUGUCUGCCUGCUGCUGCUACUUGGGCAUGGGCUUUGGCAUCCUGGCAGGAAACAGCUUCUCACCCCAGUGGAUCUUUGCCCUGGCAGGGGGCAUGUUUCUCUACAUUGCCCUGGCAGACAUGUUCCCGGAGAUGAACGAAGUGAGCCGCGAGGAGGAGGAGGCGGGUGGCAGCAGCUUCUUCCUGACUUUCACCAUCCAGAACGCCGGCCUGCUGACUGGCUUUGCCAUUAUGCUGCUGCUAACCACCUACUCCGGAGCCAUUGCCAUUGAUUAGCACAGGCACCCAAACCACUGGACCAAACCGGUGGGAAAGCCUAUCCGACCUGUAACAACGGACACCAGAACCCAACCUGGGACUGGCCUGACAGGGAACACCUGACCCCAGGCUCCCGCUCUUCCUCUCAGACCCUGUUUGGCCGUGCAUACCCUUUAAGGACUAUAGAGACCUGGGGCUUCUAAUCAAGUGCGUCAGGAACGCACCCUAUAAGACAUUACAGAAACCAUAUGAAGUAGCUACUAAUACACUGGCAGGGGUACCUUCUUUCCUUAUGACCCCUCUGAUUCCUGCUGCCCUGGGGCAGGGGCAAUAUGUAUGGGGAAGGGCAUGCCCUGUUAAAAUACACGUGCAAUACCAACGAACCAUUCAUAUGAACAGACGGUUGAUAUAGUUUUAAGAACUCUAACAGUCUCUUGUUCCUCUGACUACUUACUGGAGCUCUGCACAGAUUCUAGUUGUUUUUGGAAGUAGACGUUGAGCCUCGGCUGAGACCUUUAGAGCCUGGAGGGUCGAGGGACUCUGGCCACUACAAAGUGUGUUUUUGUUACCCAUAAUGUGUGCCCAGGGGCCAUUCUACGGGGGCCUCAGCAGGACAAUCAGGUAAAAGCAGCAGUGGUAUUGUAGACAUCCUGGGAUUUUCAGAGGGCAAACCCCCUUAUUUCAUUCCUUACCAAAAAAAGAGAGGCUAAAUCAACAUAAACUGAAAUGUUAAGUCAGCCAGUGUCCAGAAGAACAAAAGCCUUUCACCAACAAAUGACUGACAUAUAGAUGUUAUUUUUUUACCUGAGGCGCCACCAGAUAAACACAUUGAAACGUGUACAUUUUAAAAACCAAAUAUGGACCGAACUAGUUAGGGCGUGAAGGGCUCCAUUAAGAUGUUGUUUUUCCUACCAAGUGUGAUCAGCCUGAAACUGUUUUCGGAUUUUACUACCCUGCGUUCUUUGUAACAUUUGUCCCCUACUAACAUGUCUGAAAUACUUCCCUAUUAUUGGCUUUUUUUCAUGUAGAACCUAAAACUUGUGAAAAUAUGAAUGUCCAUGAUAUGCCAUUGACUAUGUUGUUUUGCUACUCUUGAAAUGGUAUGAAUGCAACCUUCCAUUCCUUAGCCCUAUACUCUUAUCUUAUGAAGAUUUGUAAGUUUCAUUGUGAAUUUGUAUUUGUGUGUAUUAAUAAAAGGUAAAAAUCUAAAAACGGUAUGAGGGAUAAUAGGCAGUGUAUUUGACACACGUUGGGCAUAAAGACAAACAUUAUACAACACCUUUUAAUGUUGUUUGUUACAGAGCUGUGCAGCUUCUCUCCCAAAAUGAUUGUGUAAAAACGACUUGAAACAUAUACUGGAGAAGAGCAACAGAGCCUGCUGGAUAUUCAGCUUGAGUCUUUAGCAGUAUUUGGCUGGAGUCAGUCAGUUAUAUUUUUAUUAUAAGGUGGUUAGACUGAUUUUAAAGCCCCAAGUUGGCCUUUAAGAAGUGUGCCUGCGUUUUUCCAGAUGGUAGACCACAUUUAAUUAGGCUCAAAUAUCAUGGUUUAUUCUGUAAGACUGGUCUUUCUUUUGCCUGUACUGGAUAACAAUGUCAAUGGUUGAAGUCUUCAGUUGUGAAAACCAUGGUACGUUAUGCCCUGAGUGUUUUAAAUGCCCGACAGGCUGAAAACGUGUAUAUAAGACCAAAUGCAUCAUCCCUAUGAUUAGCCCGUGUCUGUUGUAUAACGGCUGUAUACCUCACCCCCUCAUACCGUAUUUCAGUGUUCAAGGCACUGUCAUUGAUAUUAUAUCCUGCUAUUCCAGUUGUUAGUCGGUUAACUGUUACUGCUAUAGACAACAACAGUUAUAGGGUUAUAACCGUUAUGCCAGUUGUUAUACGACUGAGGUGUAAUUUUAUUAAAAACAUUACAGUUUAUAGGAGUUGUCAUCAGGGGAACAUCUGGUAUUAUACAUUCUGUUGAACAACAACAACAACAACACUAAAAGGAGAGUAUUACCAUAAAAAUGCUAGCUCUGAGGUAUAUUGUUCCAUAGAUAUGAUCAGUCAUAUUGUGUGCUAUAUAUUUGGAUUGUUUCUUGAUUGUAGAGAUGUUUUAUUUUUGCAGUGACCGAAGCACAUGUGUCCCUAGAGGGACACAAAGCCUCUUAAAUGUACCAGCGUAGAGCAAUAAAUAAUAUUUUCUUAACCCCCCUUGAAUGUUUGCUCAGAGUUGUACUAUAAUUGCUAUGCAUUGACUUCUGUUUCAGUUUCUAGUCACUUAUUGUUUAGAAUAUGUGAAAAUCUAAAGAGUUAGGUGACUUGGUGAGUAAUUUCUUUGUCAUUACUAAUGAAAAUGCACAUUCAAACGUUAGAAUACACUUCUUUAGCCAUUCAAUCAUACAGUGCAUUAUUUAGGCAGUAAGGCACACGGGUUGAGGUACAGGGCCAAUAUGAAAGGGCUCAGGGCUGUUCCUACAGAGGAGGGAGUGCCUUGGGGGAAGCCAUUAGUUUUAGUAUCUUGGCAAUAAACCACAAACCCCAGAGUCUCCUAAUUUAUUUAUAAAACUGGUUACCAAAGUAAUUAGAUGACCGAAAAUGUAUUGACAUACCUUUGGCAUGCAGUCUCACCACAGAAACGUUGAUUGGUUGAAAGCUGUGGUAUGUUAGGACGUAUGUUUUUGGUGUGACAAAAAUGACAAUGGUUCUAAUUACAUUUGCAAAGUUUUGAUGCAAAAUGCAUUUAAAACAUGAUGUAUUUAACGUUUAUGCACACUAACUUUUUGUUUAGAAACAUAAGCCAUGUGAUGCCAGACAGCAAUGCAGUUUGUUUUAUUUUUUUUGUAGUUUACAUGGAACAUACCAAACACAUCCAAUGGUCUACAAAGGAGGUCUACAUCAAUACAGCUACACUCUGUACAAAGGGCAGUCAACUUACAUUUCCACCACCUCACAAUGUCCAUACCUCCAUGCAGGAUUGUGAUAUCUGAUACAACUUUUGUGUUACUGUAUUGAAAAAUGCUAUUUAUUAAUGCUAUGAAGUCAGACUGCUGUGAAUAGUGGGAUCAAAGAAGUGUUGUACCUUAUGUAUGUUCUGGGGGACCUUGUCAUAAGCCUUUGCGAUGCGUUGUGAAAACAGAACUUGUUUUAUAAACCAUUUUCCUAAACCA